AUGCAAAAUGUGCAGAGAAAAAUUCAACAAUUCACAGGAAUUCGAAUAUCAUCUUAAAUCUCAUGGGAUUAUAAAAACAUAUACCUGUGUAAAGUGCGCAGAAGUCUUCCUGAAGCUAGAGCUCAUAAACAACCAUCUCGAGAAGCAUGUUGAGGAAGUGGCAUCAAAAUUUUGCGGUGAUGCUGGAAAAUGCUGUGAUCCCAAGCUUGCAAAAAAAUCACCUCAUUUACUCUCUGUGUGCUUAAGAUGUAAAAAUGUAUUCCCAGACAAAACUCUCUUAGUAGAGCACUUAAAGACCCAUCAUAAAAUAUCACCUGACGAAGUUUAUCUCUCAAUUCGGACAAUUCCCUCAAGUUGCAUGCCAAAUUCCCAAGAAAUUUCAAGUGAAACCCCCAAAAAUGCCUGUAUUUGUAUGAUUUGCAAAAAAGUAUUUGUUAAUAAAUACACAUGCAUCACUCACAUCAAUGCUUACCACAAUGGAAAGAUAAAUUGCAGAUCUCUCGAUCAUGAAACCUGGUACAGAUGGAUCUCUGAAGAGGGAGAAUUUGCUGCUCAAGAAAAAGCCAAUUCCAUUUGCAAAUUGGAAAAUGGAAAUCAAUAUUCCUGUUGCCUCUGUGGUAAAAUUCUAUCCUGCAGAUCUUCCUGUUUGAGACAUCUUCAGAAGCAACACAAAAUUCACGAUAAGAAUUUUUGCGAAAAGCCUUCGAUUCUGUGUAGAAAAUUGGAAACAAAUAGUAGCCCAGCCACUGUGAUCCCUCUGAAAAUUCCUACAAGGACUGUAUGCCUCCUUUGCAACAAAGUCUUCCAUAAAAAGUACAACUGCUUCAAGCAUUUGCUCAGAAAGCAUCAAAAGAACGUGAAAUCUUCAAAAGAAUCUUCAAAUCUUUUCGUUGAAUUCAAUACCAAAAAUAUAGAAGAUGUUCAAGAAGAUAAGCCAAUUGAUAAAGAUAAUGAGAAAAUUUCUAAGAUUUAUCAAUGCCAUAUUUGCGCAAAAGUAUUGAAAUCUUCCGCAACACUUAAUAAACACCUAAAUAAUCAUAGAAAUCCUCCAGAAUUUUUCUGCAGCAUCUGCAAGAAGUCUUUUCGUUACAAGAAGUCUCUUAAACAGCAUAUGAACUCUAUUCAUCAAAUCAAUCCCCAAUUUAUCUGUUCAGUCUGCAAGAAAAUUUUCUCAACAUCUUCAACUCUCAAGCAACAUCAAUUAAUCCAUACAGGACAGAAGCCUUUCGGCUGUGAUAUAUGCAGUAAAUUCUUUCGUUUGAAAUCCACUCUUGAAUAUCACAUGAAAAUUCACUCAGGAAAACUGCCAUUUCAGUGUAGUUACUGCCAAAAGUGCUUCAAAGUGAGGAAAGAUUGCAAAAAUCACGAGAGGAUUCACACGGCUGAAAGACCUUUUACUUGCCGUUACCAGUGCGGAAAGGACUUUGGACAUUCAUCAGCAAGAUACAAGCACGAAAAAAGUCAUGGUAGAUCAUCUAUAUAAGCGAGAUAUCCCGAGAUAA